AUGAUAUCAACUCCAAUGUGUUGUACAUCCGACUAUUAUUCAGGUAGCGACAUUGAGUAUGAUGAAGAUUUUGUCAAAGCCGCUCCACGUCAUCUCUCUUCAACAAACGAAACAAAUAAUAUUUUUCACACACUUUUUCAAUCUCGUCAUUCACAACCUUCUACUACUUCCAUCAGUCAAAUCCAACAAUCAAUGAAAUUAAUCAAAUUAGCAAGGGAACAUAAUUUAUCAAAUGAAAUCAUCAUUCGAUCAAAUGCAAUUCUUCAUCACCUUCUUCUUCUUUCAAUAUGUACAGAUGAAAUCGAUGAAUCAAUAUUUAUUGCUUGUUUGUCUUUGACAACUAAGCUUAAUGAACAUUCUACUCAUUUGAAUACCGCAUUUUUCAACAGUGAUUCAUUAAUAUCAAAUGAAAUGUUAAUAUGUAAUAGACUUGAUUGGGAUAUUGAUGUGAUAACAUCAAUCAAUUAUGUCGAAGCAAUUCUACUUCAUCUAUUGAAUUCUUCAAUAAGAGAUCGCCUUCGACAGUUGACUUAUGAGUUUAUUGUAUUAUGUUUAACUGAUGUUCGUUGUAUGGAAUUGUCUCCUGCGUCACUCGGAAUCGGUUGUCUAUUGAUGGCAAGUGAAGUAAUAAAUUGUUGGGAUAUUAUUCCAAAACAAGUAUUUGAAUACGAACAAGUGAAGAAUAUUACGUUUCAAACGUCGUUAAUUUUUAUUCAACAAAUUCUCAUGAAUAUUCAUUGUGAAUAA